UCUGUGUGUUUUGGUAAAAAAAAAAAUGGGUCGUCUUAGCAACAGAAUGAUACAUACAGUUUCUGUAUCUACAUAUAUCAUCGUCAUCAUCUUUUUCGCCUCAUCUUCUCAAUCAUUUUAUCUUCCUGGUGUUGCUCCUCGUGAUUUCCAAACUAGUGAUCCACUUCAAGUUAAAGUCAACAAGCUGUCAUCUACCAAGACACAACUUCCUUAUGAAUACUAUUACUUGAACUAUUGUAAGCCCAAGCAUAUUCAAAACACCGCAGAAAAUUUGGGCGAGGUGUUACGAGGUGAUCGGAUUGAGAAUUCAAUUUACACAUUUCGCAUGAGAGAGGAAGUACCAUGUAAAGUUGGUUGCCGAAUAAAGCUUGAUGCUGAAUCUGCAAAAAAAUUCAAGGACAUGAUUAAUGAUGAGUACCGGGUUAAUAUGAUAUUAGAUAACUUACCGGUUGCUGUUCUUAGACAACGACGUGAUGGUAGUCCUUCAACCACUUAUGAACAUGGUUUCCGUGUUGGCUUCAAAGGAAACUAUGCUGGGAGCAAAGAUGAAAAAUACUUCAUCAAUAAUCACUUAAGCUUUAGAGUUAUGUAUCACAAGGAUCUUGAGACUGAUGCUGCUCGUAUUGUUGGGUUUGAAGUUACCCCAAGCAGUAUUCAUCACGAGUACAAGGAAUGGAAUGACAACAACCCUCAGCUAACUACCUGUAACCAAAAUACGAAAAGCGUAAUAAUACAAGGGAGCACCGUACCACAGGAAGUCAAUACAGACAAGGAGGUUGUAUUUACGUUUGAUGUUACUUUCAAGGAGAGUGACAUUAAAUGGGCAUCACGUUGGGACACAUACCUUCUUAUGAAUGAUGAUCAAAUUCAUUGGUUUUCCAUCAUUAACUCUUUAAUGAUCGUCCUCUUUCUUUCCGGAAUGGUAGCCAUGAUUAUGAUGAGAACACUCUACAAAGACAUUUCAAAUUAUAACCAGUUAGACACACAAGAUGAAUCUCAAGAAGAAACAGGCUGGAAACUCGUCCAUGGAGAUGUUUUUCGGGCCCCUGUGAAUUCCGGGUUACUAUGUGUUUAUGUUGGGACUGGUGUCCAAAUCAUUGGGAUGACACUAACCACUAUGAUAGUUGCAUUGCUUGGGUUUUAUUCCCCUUCUAACCGUGGUGGGCUUAUGACGUCCCUGGUUCUGGUUUGGGUGUUCAUGGGCUCAAUUGCUGGCUACUCCUCGGCCCGUCUUUACAAAACAUUAAGGGGUACUGAGUGGAAAAAGAACACGUUGAAGACAGCAUUUAUGUUUCCGGGUAUCUUAUUUGUAGUUUUCUUUGUUCUCAAUGCCUUAAUUUGGGGAGAGAAGUCUUCAGGAGCAGUACCUUUUGGAACAAUGUUUGCUCUUGUUUGCUUAUGGUUUGGGAUUUCAGUACCUUUGGUCUUCGUUGGCAGUUACUUCGGGUUCAAGAACCCCGUUUUGGAACAUCCUGUCAAGACAAAUAAAAUUCCGAGACAAAUUCCUGAACAACCUUGGUACAUGAAACCCAUGUUCUCAAUUCUCAUUGGCGGAAUUCUACCUUUUGGGGCAGUCUUUAUCGAGCUAUUUUUCAUAUUAACAUCCAUAUGGCUCAACCAAUUCUACUACAUAUUUGGGUUCUUAUUCAUCGUUUUCGUGAUAUUGAUGAUAACGUGUGCCGAAAUAACAGUUGUGCUGUGCUACUUCCAGUUAUGCAGUGAAGACUAUAAUUGGUGGUGGCGGGCUUAUUUGACUGCGGGUUCGUCAGCUUUAUACCUCUUUUUGUACUCCAUAUUCUACUUCUUCACAAAGUUGGAAAUUUCAAAAUUCGUUUCUGGCAUUCUAUACUUUGGGUAUAUGUUGAUUGCUUCAUAUGCAUUCUUCGUGUUGACGGGUACCAUUGGGUUCUAUGCUUGUUUCUGGUUUGUGUGUAAGAUCUACUCGUCUCUGAAGAUAGAUUGAUGUAAAGAAGCAAGAAGAUAAAUAUGAAUAGAACUGAAGGCAACUGUGUUGGUGUAGUGAAGGUGUUAGUUUUGGAAAGAAAGAAACUUAAGUUUUUGCAAACAAGGUUCUUGUGGAUAAAAAAAAAGGUUCUUGUGGAAAAGUAGAUGAUUGUAGAAUAUGUUUCACUUUUGUUCAGUUUUUUCAAAAUACUAGUUUUUUUUUCAGUUCGGUAGCGUUGUCAGUGGAUCGGUUAACUAAUUUUUUGUGAAACUUUCGACCAAA